UGAUUUUGAAGAUCAAUGACGGUGAGACAGCACCGUGCUGUUCGAACGCAGCAAUGUUCACGGCACGGGUAACACAACUAAUAAAACAGCAUUGCGACAUGAGCUAUGCGAGAUGGACUAAUGUGCCGCAGGCACAGAAGGACGAGUUGAUCGACCGUGUCAGAGGUGACUUCGUUUUAGAUUGGGAUCGGGAGAAUCAUAGACUGACCGUCAGGAAGCAGUUGCGUAAGCGGUUCAAUGCAUUCCACCAUGAAUUACACAAAAAGUAUGAAUCAUACGGUAGUCACGAGGAAGCAUUGGCUGCUGGGAGUACGAUGGUUGGCUUGGAAGUCUGGGCUAAGUUGUGUGAGAGGUGGGGAACCGAGGAAUUCAAGAAAAUUGCAAGACAAAAUCGAGAGAAUAGAAAGGCGCAAACCAUUAACCACACUGCAGGCCGCAAAUCUUUUGUUAGGCUAAUGGAGGAGAAGCGGGCUACUUCUGCGAAUUUGGUGGAGUUCUAUAAGGAGAGUCACUGGUCAAAGAAGAAUGGUAAAUUUGUCACCGCAGCAACUGAAAACACUUAUAAUGAGAUGGUCAGGAAGAUGGAUGGUCUAGAGCCUGAGCAACGCAACGACGAGGCAGCAGCAAGUGUAUUUAGAGAGGUGCUUGGGCAUAGACCAGGAUACGCGAGGGGGCUAGGAGAGAUGGUCAUUCCGGAGUCGACAAGACAACGGAACACCCAAAAAGAAAGAGAGUAUCAAGCCUUAAUUGAAAAACACAAGACAGAUGCUGAGAAUUACAAGAAAGAUGCUGACCAUUACAAGACGAAGCUUGAUGAAGUGAUGGGUCAAAUGCAAGUUCUUCUUGAGAGGCAAAAUGCUACUGAUGCUUUGAUGCAAACAUUUUUUCGGAAUUUCCAAAGUAACCCCGAGUCUCUCCAGGCUAUCCAGUCUCUCCAGUCUCGUGGAGAGACUUAGUGAGCAUGCUAGUAGUCUAUUUUGAAUAUUUUGGGCAUAUUUUUGGUCGUGGGAGAUGGUGGGUGGCCAAAUUAUAAAUGAAAACAUUUAUAUAUAUAUAAA